AAAAAAACUUCGAGAGAAAUUCAAAUGAGGCAAAUGCUAUAAUUUCCCUAGAUGGACAAAGCCACCAAAUGAUAACUACAAAUGCAACUUUGAUGCAAGUUUCGACUAUAAAACAAAUAAUGUGAACAAAGGCUAAUUAAUUUCGACGAAAUAAGAAAAACUUAGAGAGAAAUUCAAAUGAGGUAAAUUCUUAUUUUAGUGUUUGUAUAUUAAUAUGUGAACGAAUAACUUACAAUUCAUUAGACUUGUAUUUGUCCAGCUUCAUAAAUCCAAUAUUCAUUUUCCAUUUAGAAAAACUUCAUUCUUUACUAAAAACGGUGUUUCUAAUUUUAACAGAUAUACCUGACCAAAUGUGUUCGUUCCUUUAGAAAAUGAUCAUCCGGCCCAACGAGUGUAUCCUUUGGUGCAUCAAGACUCAAAUCAAUCCAGAAUCAAAAACAGCAAAAGCCAAAGCAGAUUGGAUAUUGAGAAACGACAGAGGCUUGCCUGUACUCUGGAGUUUGUAGGACUCUGUAUAGUUUUAUCACCACACUGAAGCAAAGCUCACUGCUAGAUGUUAUGGAACACAUAAGAAACCAUGGAUUAUAACUAUAUGUUUUGAGGGUGACUCAAAUGUUCUGAUCGAUGUCAUCAAUAACAGGGUGAAAUAUCACAAUAUCAAGAACAUAUGUAACUAUAUCUAUGUUGGUUCUUUGUCUUUUAACCAAUGUUCAUUUUUGUAUAGCGGGCAAACAAUACACCAGCUCAUCUCUUAGCUAAACAUAAUCUAUGUUAGUCUAGUGCAUCUUCAUUGGUGGUUGUCUAGUCUAAUGCGUUGUAUUAUAAUUUUGUAAACUCUUUCUAAUAUACAAAAAAUAAUUUGCCGUAAAAAUAGAUUAGCAGCAUAAAAAUGUGAUUACAAGUUUACAACGACCAAAUUAUGUACUUAUGUGUGACAUACACGACAUAACGCAACAAUAUUACAACUAUUUGGUUUGGGCUUGUUCAAAAGCCCAUCAUAGCCCCAGAGCUGAACAAUAACAAACGCGUUUUUGAAUUACUUAAAUUUACAUUUUUACCCUUUACGUCAAAGAGGUGCAAUUAUACAUAGUAAGUAAACACCAAAUUUACAGUUUUAACCUUUAUCCUUUGCGUCCUCUACUUCUUCGUUCAAGUCUUCAACAACGAGACCACCAACCACAUUUUACGUUAUCAGGGUUUCGAAAGUUCGGGUUUUUUUUCUCGAAAAAAGGAAGACCCAGAAAUCUAACUUUCGGUAUGCCUGCCUCGAAGAAGGUUUCCGACAGGAACCCCAUAGGACAAGUGUUCAACAAGUUGUUGGAGAAUAUUGGAGAAUCAGAGGAGUUUUCCUUGCCGGAUUGGUUGAACGAAGGGAAACCAACUCCUUACACCUACAUCAAGCGCAAUAUAUACGUGUCGGAGAAAACAAAAAAAAAGGCUGAGGACGAUGGAAUAUUCUGUUCUUGUGCCUUGUCCCAUGGCUCUUCUUCAGUUGUGUGUGGGAGUGAUUGUGAUUGUGGGUUGUUAAACGCAAGCUGUUCAUCCGAUUGCUAUUGUGGGAAUGAGUGUAACAAUAAGCCUUUCCAACAACGGCGUGUGAAGAAGUUAAAGAUAAUUCAAACAAAAAAAUGUGGAUCAGGGAUUGUAGCAGAUGAAUACAUCCAAGAAGGAGAGUUUAUCACUGAAUAUGUAGGAGAAGUCAUAGAUGAUGCGACUUGUGCACAAAGGCUAUGGGAGAUGAAAGGCCGUGGAGAAACAAAUUUCUAUCUGUGUGAGAUAAACAGAAAUAUGGUGAUUGAUGCCACUAAAAAGGGAAAUAAAUCGAGAUAUAUCAAUCAUAGUUGCAACCCUAAUACGCAGAUGCAGACAUGGAUAAUUGAGGGUGAGACAAGAAUCGGCAUUUUUGCCAUCUCUGACAUAAAUAAGGGAGAGCAUAUCACUUAUGACUAUCAGUUUGUUCCGUUUGGUGAAGAUCAAGACUGCCAUUGUGGAGCAAUAGGUUGCAGAAAGAAGCUUGGGGUGAAACCAAACAAACCUAAAUUAGUCCCGGAUGAAGAAACUCGUAACAUCGUGGUAUCUGAAUUGGCUCAGCAGACACUGCCCCCGGUUCAUCAUAAUGGAGAUAUACAUGAAGGAACAUUAAUUAACAAUCUUAGUGAAGAGCAAUCAUGUCCUCGUACUUGUAUUGGUGUAGUGAUCAGGUUAUCUCGCCCCACGAGCGAUAGGUGUUUUGGCAUCAUUAGACGUUUUCAUGAGGUUACAAGAAAGCACUCGGUGAUGUUUGAGGAUGGUGUUACUGAGUUUAUCGACCUGUCGAAAGAAGACUGGGAGAUUUUAUCUGACUGAUUUUGCUUUUCAG